CGCAGGAAUGGCGGCGUCGGUCGGUAGGGGAAGGAGCCGAGAGAGCUUGAAACUUUAUUAUUACCUUGUUGCUCAUUGCAGUAUCCCGUUUUAAAAAAUUAAAACUCCGAGGACCACUCCGAAACUUUACAUAACAAUAGAAAGGAGCAAAGCAAAGCUUUUCAUUCCGCCCUGCGAGGCGUGCGAUGCGAGCGCCGGGAGUUGCGGGCUGACAACAAUGUCAGCGCAUCCGACAGUGCUGUGAGUCUGCAGAGUUCAUCCGAACCCGCUUCCCUGCCUGCCCCGGAUGCCUCCGCCGUCCAGCUCGCCGUAGCGCAGUCGCGUAUGCGAGGAUGGAAGGUUUAACGCUGAGUGAGGCGGAGCAGAAGUAUUACUCGGACCUGUUCGCCUACUGCGACACGGAAAACACCAAGAAAGUGGCGUGUAACGGCAGAGUUCUCGACCUCUUCCGAGUGGCCCGGUUACCCAGCGAGGUGGUCCUGCAGAUCACUGAGCUCUGCGGUGCGACUCGCCUCGGGUAUUUUGGACGGAGCCAGUUUUACAUAGCGCUGAAACUCAUAGCGGUGGCGCAGUCCGGAUUCCCGCUGCGUGUGGAGAGCCUGAACACCGUGAAGGACCUGCCUCUGCCGCGCUUCGUGGUGGGGAAGAAUGAGCAGGAGGUCAGACAUGUGGUGGCGUACCCCGACCCGGAGAACCACGGGUCUUACCCCGGUACGGUCCUGCCCCCGUCGGCCCGAACGCAGGCCAAGAAGGCCCCCACCCACGAGGCGGUCCAACCGCACGGGACUACGGUGGAACCGCAGCCUGAGGGCGUGUCUCCCGUGGUGUCCCCUCACCAUUCCCCGCCCGCCUCCCCCCACGCCUGGAGGAAGCACCAGCGACAGCCCAGCGGCGGGAACUGCGACAGACAGCCCCUCCCCCCCGGCGCACUCUGGCCUCCCUUUGGAGAAGCCCCGUCAGGGCCAGUAGUGGAUGAUGGGAUGUGGUCCUCCCGCCCCCCUGUUCCAGUUCAGGAAAACUGGGUCAAUUUUACAAACACUCCCCCUAUCAGCACACCUCCACCAACCCAGGAGAACGCAUCGGUACGAACCGCAGCACCAGCUGCAGUGGCAAACGAAAUCCAGAGGCAGUCCAGUAACUACGACGACCCCUGGCGAAUCACCGACGAGCAGCGGCAGUAUUACAUCACCCAGUUCAGAACCAUCCAGCCCGACCUGAGCGGCUUCAUCCCAGGCUCUGCUGCAAAGGAAUUUUUCACGAAAUCAAAGCUGCCUAUUCUUGAGCUGUCGCACAUUUGGGAGCUGUCGGAUUUUGACAAAGACGGCGCUCUGACGCUGGACGAGUUCUGUGCGGCGUUCCACCUGGUCGUGGCGAGGAAGAACGGCUACGACCUUCCGGAGAAGCUGCCGGAAAGCCUCAUGCCAAAGCUCAUCGACCUGGACGACGCAACCGAGGUCUCCAGCCAGGCCCCCGAGGCAGGCUACCGCACCUCCCCCACGGAAGCCACGCCCAGCAAGUCUCCGUCCAUGCCCUCCCUCAACCAGAACUGGACCGAGCUCAACCAGAGCAACGAGCAGUGGGAGACUUUUAGUGAACGUUCCUCCAGCUCACAAACUCUGACUCACUUUGAUUCUAACAUUGCACCAGCCGACCCUGACACGGCCAUAGUGCAUCCUGUUCCCAUCCGCAUGACCCCCAGCAAGAUCCACCUGCAGGAGCUGGAGCUGAAGAGGCCUGGGAGCGAUCAUACACACCCAAUGAGCCCUCUUUCAGACAAACCCCCUGAACUGUCUGAAGAGAGUAAGAUGGCAACAUCCAUGCAAUUUAUGGCUGCUAAUGCUGGAGGCGAUGGCUAUAACAGCUCUGACUCCUUCACCUCAGAUCAGGAUCCAGUUGUGAGCGUCAUAGCAAGGCAAAGGUCGCACUCUGGGACGUCACCUGAGGGACUGAAAGCAGUGGCCCCGCCCCCACCCCCUCCCAGACCCUCCGCCUCCCACUCGCGCUCCUCCUCCCUGGACAUGAACAGAAACCUCGCCUCUAUCACCUCUGUCCCCGCAGGACCGCAGGCAGCCGGAAACGCGGCCCUCCCCCCGGCUGUGCCCCCCCGACCGCAGCCUUCACAGGCCACAGCGACGCAUGGGCACCGCUCGGUGGAUGGAGACGGUACUGCAGCUCACCCCAGCACCUCCCCGCAGCUGAUCCCAGAACAGCCCAACUUUGCCGACUUCAGCCAGUUUGAAGUGUUUGCAGCGGAGCAGCCCUCCGUAAAUGGAGACCAGCAUGCGGAGAGCACAGGCAAGAAGCCAGGAGAGUCUGCUGGGAUACUGAGAGCAGCCAAGACAGAGAGCCAGGCCGAGGAGAGGCCUGCAGCCACUGUGAACUCGGCGAAAGGCUCCGCCCCCCUGGCCCCCCCACCCAAACCCGUGCGGCGGAGGCUAAAGUCGGAGGACGAGCUGCGGCCGGAGGCUGGGGAAACCCCACAGAAGCCCAGCGUGGUGGCCAGCGUCCUGGCCCCCCAGCCGUCCCUCCCCAGGUCAGUGGGAAAGGACAAAAAGACCAUCCAGGCCUCUAUCCGAAGGAACAAGGAGACGAACACGGUCCUGGCCAGACUCAACAGUGAAUUACAACAGCAGCUGAAGGACGUGCUAGAGGAGAGGAUAUCGCUGGAGGUGCAGCUGGAGCAGCUGAGGCCGUUCUCUCACGCAUAGUGAGGAGGAGGGGACCCCCCCUGAGGACGCCCCCGCGGGGCCGGACACACCUGGCCUCCUCCAGAACCUGCGUCUUCACCUCUGACCUCUGACCUCACGGGCGGCGAGCUGACGCUGCGGGCGGUCGGAGAACACGCACCGUCCCCGAGACCCACGGAGGUCAGACACCACACAAAUAACAAGCACUUUCAUUUCAAAAGAAGGAAAACGGUUGACUUCAGUCCCUCCCCACUGCCGCAGAAGCUUAUUGCUAUUCCAGUUGAGCUGGAAGAUGGAAGAUGUUGCCCAAGUCUAGAGUCCCCACCCCCAAUCCCUUCUCCCUCCCCGCCCUCCACUUUGCCCAGGGGGAGGGGAAGGGGGGUCACCUGCUCCCAGAAGCAGUACAGCACUGUGGUUUGACUGAAAGGGGGGUGCGGUCGUUGGUGGGUGGGAGGGGUUGAUUGGGGGGUGCGCAGAUAAUCAAGUUAACGAGAACGCUUUUGGGGAAGGAGGACAUGAGAUGAAGGCGUGCCUCGCAGCCAGGCUGUGAAAGAUGAUGUCACGCAGCCAGGCUGUGAAAUAUGGUGCCACGCAGCCAGGGUGUGAAAGAUGAUGUCACGCAGCCAGGCUGUGAAAGAUGAUGUCACGCAGCCAGGCUGUGAAAGAUGGUGCCACGCAGCCAGGCUGUGAAAGAUGGUGCCACGCAGCCAGGCUGUGAAAGAUGAUGUCACGCAGCCAGGCUGUGAAAGAUGGUGCCACGCUGCCAGGCUGUGAAAGAUGGUGCCACGCAGCCAGGCUGUGAAAGAUGGUGCCACGCAGCCAGGCUGUGAAAGAUGAUGCCACACAGCCAUCGAUGUUUCUUCCACCCUCUGCGCCACACGUCACAGCAGCACAAGCAGGAGCUUUCCCAGCAUGCUCUGGGGCACUGGUUCAUCUGUGGCACCGUGCCAACAGCACUGUGCGUUUUUCCCUCAGCAGUCCAGACUGAACCCAAGCGGGUUACACAGACUUUCUACAGCACUUAACCUGAGACUCCCGCUACGUUUCUUCCUCAUUUCUUUAGCGUUUCAGCCCCAGCACGGCAGGACACAUACCUCUCUGGACUAUUGGGAAGCAGUCCUAAUGCAAACACUGGAAUAUGUGCUGGAGACACACAAGCUGAUGCUAAAUAACUGCACUUUUUUCCCCUCUUAAACAGUUCUAACCUUCAUGUCUUCUAGUAUAAAACAAGCUCUUAAAAAUGAACCACCUGAUUUUUUUUUAAUCUUUGUAUCAUAACUAGUGUGACUUCAUUUGUGAUGGUACUCUAAAGUGGUAUAACCCUCUCCCACAAACACACACACACUCUCACACUAAUUUGCUCUGCUUUGACCGGUCCACUAAGCCUGUCUCUAGGGAGUUGGGCUUGAGUUCAAUGUAACCACAAUGCACUAUGUCUUUAAUUACCAAAUUUAAGCAAGUGUGUCAUUUAUUUAUUUUUACACAAUGUUCCUCAACCUCAACAACAAAAACAUUUGCUUAAAUUUGUUAUGCUGCCACAAUCAUUGUGUAAAACAUAAAUAAUCCACACGCUUAAAUGGACUGUCCAAAGUGAAGGAGACAGCUCUCUGUGGCCAGACUCUGGCCUCUGUCAGGUCUCUGCUGCAGUGCUCUCCCUUAAUGAGACCCAGAUGAAGGGCGCAGUUGUUGGGGAGAGCCGCUGUGUAAGGGAGUAUUUUAUAUGUUACACCACGCAAAAAAAAUACAUCUUUGAUUUACAGAAAGGCAUGUGUUCACAGCUGUGUGCACAGGCAGGUUUAUCUGAAGUGCACAUGAUUAUGACAUCAUCUGUCUGCGCUGCAGUGGUGUGGGAGACUGCAGGACGGCUCUGCGUGGCGGAGAGUGCCGUAGCAGCCUCUGCAGAUCCGUACGAGCCCCCACUGUGGGGGCAGUAGCCCUCCGCUCACAGCUCAUCCCUGCCUUUUUGUGAACACCAGAUGCAUUUUUGUGUGGUGAUAUGUAUUUUUAUUGGAAGGCUGAAGAGUUAAAUAAAGAAUGUAUGUUUGUAAUUAGCGUGAUGUCAGCGUGCCAAAGAGAGCACGGAGAUCAAGUGUGUGAGAGGCAUUGGAGGGAGGAUUAGAGUGAUAAAUGCAGAGUGCUUACAGCUUAUCUCAGCUUUGAUGUGCAGUUGUUUAAAGUCUAGGCAACCUGUAUAUACAUAUGAUUUCCUGGGCUGCCACGUACUUUUCAGAAAUGAUAAUGCAGUCUGUUAUCCCGUGGUGUUGAGCACUGAAUGAGAUGGCUUGGGGGUAGGGAUGAACUCAAACCCAGGUACUGUGCUAAGAAGUAAUAUGAAAACCAAGUCUGGCAUCUGCAAAGGUAUAAUUAAAACAAACGUUGCUGGCUGUAGCUAAAUGAUGUCUUGAAACUAGGUGGCUACCAGGUUAUCUACAACUUACAAUGUGGCUCUUACCUACCAUGCUUGCUUCAACACCUGUCAUUAAUUGGCCAGUUUAUUCAGCCAGUUAAACUUAUGUUUCAUAUUGCCAGCAGUGAAAGAUGAAUUUAAAAAGCUUCUAGUUUCUUAGCAAGCAAGCAGGCCUGAGCUCUCUGGGUGACUGGAGAAAUCAUUUUUAGCCGGAACUGGAAAUCAAUCACCCAAGAGUAAAAGCUAACAAGCCUAUCAGCACUGCCCAUUGAGCACUGUGUCGCCAUGUUCAAAUAACUGAGGAGUCACUUGUCCAUCUUCAUUUCAAAGGGCAAUUCAGUCUUUAUUUGAUUUAACCAAACUGUUGCCUCAGUGGCAUUGUGUCUGUUGCUUAAUAUAUGAAUAUGCUGUGCUGACUUCAGCCUGGAGCUAGGCAGACUUCAAAUGCAAAAAAAGGGCUAUUUAGCAAAGCUUGGUGCCCCUACAGUGAGUAUAUAUAAUAUGCCCCCUCCCCAGUGGUAGCAGUGGGAAAAGCGUGAUUACUGCUUUUUGAGUACAAGAGGAAGAGUUGAAAUCACCAUGAAGGGUUUACAGGGAACAGCAAAGUAAAAUGCAGCAUGGUGUCCUUUAAGAUCUGUCCUGUAUGAAAAGCAUGUAGUGCCACCCUGUGGCCUGGAGUGGCUAUAGCAAGUAGGGCUUUGAGGAGAGACAUACUGGACCAGCAUCUUCAAUAUGGUCCAGUACUGUAUCUGUAUGUUGGGGGAGGGGGUGUUGGGAGAGUUUUGGAGGUGCAGCCUGAUACUGUGAACCCCUAAAGAAAAAAAAGACUCUUGGUCACAUGAAGAAAGGGUACUCCAGUUCCUCUUUACCAGCAUGUUCAUGUGUUUAAACUUGCCAAAGGGCCUUACAUUGAGACCUUUUGAUGCUGUUUGUAAAUUUGCAUUGUUGCCUAAUGGCUUAUAUAUAUAUAUUUUUUUUUUUUUUGCUGUGAGAUUGUGUUUUGCUGUAGGGGUGGAUCUCUGCAGACUUAACUAGCAAGCUGUGUGAUUUUUACACAAAUAUAUAUUUUAAUAUGUUUGUUGUCUUCAUUUUUCAUAAUUUCCAAAUAACCUUCUUCUGACAUCCAUGACCUCCAGUGUUUGCCAUUUCAAAAAAACUGUCAAAGUGAAGGCCAAAGAGAUACUUUUUCAAUAAAGCAUGUUCAUUGUCGUUUCAAGGUACUUAGGUUGAUCAUGUAAGAAAAUAAAACCCAGGGAAAUUGAA